UAUAAGGUAUAUAUAUGUAUAUUAAUUAUUUGGAAUGACUAAAGAAUACAUAACAUACAACAAAAAUGAUUUCCUAUCCUAAGAACAUGAACUCGGUCGCCCCCUCCUCUCAAGCACAGUUGGUGUAUUUUUCCCCCAACUCUUUUCUAGCAAAUUGUAUUGAGGGAUAUCUAAUUACAGUGUGGUGUGAACGCAAUUUUAGAUGGCUUUUAGGUUGAAAUCUUACGUGAACGGAUCAAACGAAUGAGAUUCGAAAUAAAUCAAUCAAAGAGGUACCACUUGAUUUACGAUUUUUUUUAUCUCUCGUUUUCAUUUUACCAUUAGCCCUAUUUUAUUUUUAUUAGUGAAAUUAUUAACUAUAUCGAACUUCUGGAAGCUCUAAGGAUGUACCCCUUGAAAUUAUAGUUUUAUUACGUUUCGUUUUUAAUUUGCGUACUUUUAUAUUACCGCUUCUAUUUGCGUAUUCUCGAAUCGAUCCACUCGUAUUUUUCGAUGCUUUUAUUAUACAAAGUUCUUUUUAUUAUUUAUUUAAUAAAAAAUUAUAACAUUCAUUUAAUAUGAUUCUCACAAUAAACGGAGCCUCAGUGCACAGAACAAAUGUAGUGGUCGUUCUUACCUCUUUGUACAUGGGUUUUGGUUUUAGAUUGAUGUAAGGUGUAUUAUUUAUGACAAACAAAGUUGUUGAAAUUCGUAAUUAUUAUUUUUUAAACAUAUCAUAUUUAUUAUGUUAAUUAAUUAUAAUCGAAAGGGGUUAAAUGCAAUUUAACCUGUAAUAUGUGAAAAGGAGAUAAAUUGCCUUUUUCCCCAAUCGAAAAGGAUGCUGCAACUCAAGAUCAACUAUGAAACAACGGCCAACAAUGUUCGACCGGACAAAAAUAUCCUUCUGCAGUUGGUUUAAUUUAGGAACUCCUCAGUCCUUAAGAUAUUCCACCCCGUUUUCUCUAGGGGCAAUAAAGUCAAUCCAGACCAAACACCUUUUCUUUCUCACCAACUCCACAUCGUCUGCCUUCUUCAGUCCCUCCACCGCCACUAUCCUCACGCUCUCUGUGUCCCGAUUCCACCCUUCUGAUAAAUCUCAAAUUCCGGUAAUAACGUCUCGGUUCUUCUCGAGGAUCGUGUUGACUCAGUCCCGCAACUCCCCGCUCUUCUUUGAUCGCCAUGGCCGUAAAUACGUUUCCUCUUUCACCAAGCAAUUGCUCUUUCCGGGUGGGCUACAUGAUAAGGAUAAUAAGGCCAAUUAUGAAGCUGCUUCAGCUACUGAUGCUCCUGAUCAAGCAGAAGCAUCAAUCUUUGGAGAAAAAACUGAACCAGUUCUUGAUUUGGAGGUUGACCUUUCAAGAGAUGAUCUGGUGAAACUUGUGGCUGAGAGGGAACAACUUUUGGAUUCAAAGCAGGAAGAGCUUGAGAAAAUGAAGGAUAAAGUUUUGAGGAGUUUUGUGGAGAUGGAGAAUGUAAAGGAGCGUACUAGGCGUGAAUCUGAAAAUGCAAAGAAGUUUCCCAUUCAGAAUUUUGCAAAGAGCCUUUUGGAUGUUGCGGAUAAUCUGGGUAGGGCUUCUUCUGGCAAGAAGAGCUUUUCAAAUUUUGAUGUGUCUAACAAUACAGAUGGAACUGUUCAACAACUUAAAAUGCUCCUUGAUGGCGAUGAAAUGACUGAAAAACAAUUAUCAGAGGUAGUACAGUUUUUGGUUCAACUUCCUGCCAUCAAUCUUUGAUAUAUUGUGCGCAUCUGCUGCCGUUCAAUUUGUGUAUUCAGAGUUAUUUUCUGUAAAAAUUAAAGGUUAUAAUGUCGAACAUGUAAUCCUAAAUCAUUUUCUGGUAGUUUCUGCAAAAGCUUGCCUGGUGUUUGCAUUUCUCUCUUCAUGCUUCCUUAUCUGGUUUCUUUUUGGAGUUUAGGCCAAUAUCACAAUUCAAAUAAGCAUAUCCUAGGAAAUCCUAGGCCGAGCUGCUAGCUCCUCAUAGUUAGAUUGACCGAAGGAGUAAGCUUUUUCAUUUGCAAGUAUUCAAAAAAUUUGGACUAGAGAAACGUGAUCCUAUCAACAAAGAAUUUGAUCCAAACAGACAUAACGUGUUCCAAGUACCAGACGCUUGGAGGCCAGCAGACCAUGCUGCAGUUGUUCUGAAGGCCGGGUACAUGCUGCAUGAACAGUUAUUUGGCCUGCUGAAGUAGGUGUAACUGUCGCAAUGAGCAAUUAGCUGAAAAAGUAUCUGAAGGAAAACAUUGCACCGUUUCUUGGGCACAAUAUCAAGUCCUAGGCUGGAAAAAUGACUGGUCUCUUUGUAUCUAUUCGGCCAGGUCCCAUGUCUAGUUGCAGAUAAUAGAACGUAUAUACUCAUACAUCUGUUUAUUGUUAUCUGCGCAGGUGUUUUAGAUGAAUUCAUGUUAACCCAAAUUUUGAGCGUCAAGUCAGGAAUUAAAGAAGUCGAUUUUACUGCAUCCCUCAGUGCCAUCAAUUGUCUCACUGGUUUUAUUAACAAGGCCCUGAAAGUUGGCAGGUGUUGCCGCAAAUGCUUUGGUAUAGCCUCAUGUACGGCUAUUCUUUAGUCUGGGUUUAGUAGUGCCUGAGUUCAUUCAUUUGCUAUGAUGGUAUUUGAUUGGUAAUGUCCAAAAGGUUUCCCUGGUAAAACUAGCAAGUAAUUUCACUAUGAGCAGUCUCUUUAACUACUGAGCAGA